AUGGCAGCCACAGACACACCAGAGUUCUCCACCUCUGAGGCCCCUCCAACUUUCAAGAACGAGAACAAAGGACGAGAAGCGCUCAUAGAUGCUGUGGAGGACAACGUAUUUGGCUCCAUUGCCGCCAGGACCGGAAGGAACGAAAGACAUGUCCGCCUACAAUCCCAACCCGACCACCUUCCUCUGCGCUACACCGGUCCCCUCGACUGUUUCCGCCAAUCGCUUAGCCACGAAGGUGUCAUAGGCCUCUACCGAGGCAUAUCUACUCCUCUUGUUGCCCGUGAAUCAUUCUUUGCAGCCGGUCUGUACCAGCGCGAGAAACCCCUUCCCCUGUCAGCCCUAUGGCUGACCGGAGCCAUCUCGGGCGCUUUCACAUCCCUGGUCCUCACACCUGUCGAGCUCGUAAAAUGCAAGAUCCAGGUACCGGCUGGCGCAAAUCCUACACGCUCCCCAACCCCGUUGACAGUCAUAAAAGAAGUAUGGCGGCACCAAGGCCUAAAAGGAUUCUGGAAUGGUCAGCUGGGAACCCUGAUCAGAGAAACGGGCGGCUGCGCAGCAUGGUUCGGCAGCAAAGAGACUGUGACUCUCAUGUUCCGCCACUCGAACUCCAAAUCCACCCCCUCACCCCCGUCGUCUAAGAAACAAAGCCUCAAAACCCAAACUUUACCCACAACUCCCGAGCUUGGUUUCGCCCCACUCCCGCUCUGGCAACAAGCUCUCGCCGGCGCCUCGGCAGGCAUGUCCUACAACUUUCUUUUCUUCCCCGCCGACACGAUCAAAUCGCGGAUGCAAACUGUGUCCCUAAGCAGCAAAGUUCCACAAGUGAAGUUUUGGGACGAAGGGAUGGCAAUUUGGAGACAAUAUGGGAUGAAGGGCUUAUAUCGCGAGUGCGGGAUGACGGUUGCGAGAAGCGCGCCCAGUAGCGCGUUUAUUUUCAUCAUUUUCGAUGCGUAG